AUGGAUGGUUACUAUCAAGAACGUGUUUGCCUGUUUUUGUUUCAGCUGAUCGAAGACGAUCCAAAUAUUCUCUUCUUUCUUUCACUCUCUGACCUGGCAUCUCUGUACGCCAAGGAGAUGGGAUACACUAUAAAUGAAGAGUUUCGACGUAACUUCGUUCACGUGGCAUUUGGUGUGCUCUGCGACUUGAUGAACUGUGAAACAAUACCAAGGUCACGAAGGAAGAAAGUUGCCGUCCCUGCCUUCCAAUCUCUCUCUUCAGCAUGUGGUCCGAAGAGCAUAGUGGUUUCACCCACAGUCACGUUCGGCACUUCCGACGUGGCCCUAAUGUCCCCAAGUGAUUCUACUCUACUGGUCGGCGCCACAACUAAAGUCGUCCGUAAACUUCCAAGUUCGUCGCUUGUCCAAGACAGUUCAUUGAGCACACAAAUGAAACCUUGGAAAACUUCGGUGCAUCACAAUCGACCCACCAUUCCUGGAAAUGCUCCGACGAUGAAAGCCGAACCUCCUUCGGAAGGAGGGACAGUCAACGGCGUAUCUAUCAACCAUUUCCAACGAUUGAGUCAACUCCUUAAAACUCCGAAUCCCAUAAUUCCCUACAAAAUUGGGUCGUCGAUUGCGUCUGUGGGCUGCACUGAUCCUACCCCACCUGUGAAUACUUCUGUGUCCUCUUUGAACUCCCGGAACCAUGAGACAUCUGUUUCCAAAGCUUCUUUUUCCAGUUCACACCAUGCUUCACUAAUACAACCGAACGAUUCUCCCCCUUACAUCACUGUUCAACGAAAGCUGACGGACGUAAUUCCCGCUCGUCUUGUGGAGGAGACUUGACGCAAGUCAAUCCUAAUGCGAAGUUUUUCACUGCUUAUUGUGAGAAAACAGUCAGGGCGCUUGAAGUCGUCAUUUCCACUUGUUGCCUUCCGCUCAUGAACUUUAUUCACCAUUAUUGAAACAUUUUUGUGCAAACAAACUAUCGACCGGUUAUAACUGUCUUUGUGCAACAUCGUUUAUUUAUUGUUCCUUUGGCGUCCUCUCGCUUCAGACCACUCUUUAUGCCACGAAAUGUCAUGCUCACUAAUUCGUUGGAAAGUCGAACUACCUUUUGUCACAUUGACUGUGGUAGUUUCGCUCGUUGCGUCAGAGAUGGCUGAGUGGUUAGGGCGCGAACUUAGUGGUUCGAACAUAACCUGGACAUCUUGAUUGCUCCUGUCUAGACUCGGGCAACCCGGGAGUAUCUCAG